GGGAGAUUUGAGCUAAUAGAUGGAGAAGAUGAAUGAAUAGUAAUGUAUGAAUGAGUUAUGAAUUAAGUUUACAAGAACUACUUUAAGGAGUAUAUAUAGGAAAAUCCAGGUCUGGGCCUAUAAUAUGGGCUCGACAGACCCGGUAACAUAAAUAGACUGAUAAUAUAAAAAACUAAUCUAAUACAUACAAAUGAUAUAUGAACAAUACAAUAAUACAAAUGACAUCCGAUGAGCGUGUGUGGGCCGCUGUCCAAGCCCGAUAGUCGUGAGACCAGGGGGUUCGAGUCUAUAUACUCUAUCAGAAGUCCCUCACUCCAUGAGUCGAGAGUACUCGAGGCGAAAGGGAGUAGAGCUGUUAUGUGUUGAUCUGUCGUCAUCUGGUGAGUAAACUUCGUGAAAAAUUUUGAAUUUCUUUUUCUUUGGUUAACGGAGGCGCUAAGUCCCCCGCUCUUCCAGUCCCCCACUCCUUGAGGUGAAUGUAGUGAGGUGCAGAGGAGUAGAGUACUGCAUGUCUCGUGAUGUCUUCAAUAGGGACCGAGGGUUGACACCUUUUGUCCACGUUGGGGAGAUGCCUCGUUAAAAACCUCACUAGGAAAAAACCCUGUGGGAAAAAAUCCUAAUGAGGGAAAAAGAGUACACUGGAUGCCCCCACAAUGAAGCAAAAUGGGUGAACCCUUCGGCUUGGGCGUGGAACAGCAACCAUUGGCAUCUGCUAAGGGGAUGGCCAAGAUCGGUCCUCGUAUGUGCGUAGCUCGGCAUGAUAGGUAAUCCUAGUCAUCAAAUAAACAUGACUAAGAGAUAGGUCGAGCGACCGUUCAUAAUGAUGUUCGGGUCAUCAAAUAAAGAUGACCAAGAGUAUGGCCAAGAGGCCAAUUUAAAAUCCAAGUCAUCAUUUAAUUGACCCUAUGCAUUAAUACCUGAAAAUUCUUUUAACUGCAAAAAGAUGAGCAGUAUGGGGAGCAUGCAUAAACUGAGACACCAAGUGUACUGCAUAAGUAAUAUCUGGCCGUGUCAAAGUUAAAUAUUGUAAUGCACCUACCUUGCUGCGAUACUAAGCGGGGUCUAAAAGAAACUUACCAUCAGACAGGGAUAAGGUGGUGCGAGACGUGAGUGGUGUGCGAACGGGUUUAACCGUAUGGAGAUGAAAACGACUGAGAAGGUCAGAAAUAUAUUUAAUUUGAGAAAGAAAAAGACCUUGACUAGUUCGACGUGACUCGAUGCCCAGGAAGUAAUGUAAAUCACCCAGAUCCUUCAUAGAAAAGUGAUUAGAAAUAAUAGAAAUAAACUGGGUAAUGGUGGAAAGAGAAUUACCAGUAAUAAUAAUAUCAUCUACAUAUAAUAAUAAAUAAAUGAUAGAAUUAUUAUGGCAAUAAAUGAACAAGGAGUUAUCAGACUUACUACAACAAAAUCCUUGUUGUAGAAGAAAGCUACUGAAUCUAUGAAACCAUGCCCGUGGUGCUUGCUUAAGUCCAAAACUGGCCUUACGCAAACAACAAAUGUGAUUAGGAAAUUGAGGAUGUAUAAAACCACGAGGUUGACGCAUAUAAACUUCCUCACUAAGAUGACCAUGUAAAAAUGUAUUUUUGACAUCAAGUUGCCUAAUGACCCAGCCAAAAGACACAGCAAGAGUGAGAACGAUACGAACUGUAGUGGGUUUAAUGACAGGACUGAAAUUUUUAGAGAAAUCAAUCCCAGCCUGUUGAUUGAAACCCUGAGCAACUAAUCUAGUUGUAUGUCGCUCUACUGAACCAUCAGAGUGAUAUUUAGUUUUAUAAAUCCACUUACAACCAACUAUAUUCUUAGAAUUGUCAAAGGGCACCAGAUCCCAAGUAUUAUUAUUGAUGAGAGCAUUAAAUUCAUCAGCCAUAGCAUGACAUUUCGAGGGAGCCUUCGGUCGAGGAUGAAACUGUCUCCGAUGUGGAGUCCACAAGUGAACAACCCUCGGUGGGGCAUGAUGCCGCCGUGGCGAUGGAGUUGCAAAGAGCCCUAGUUGCCGAGGUGGAAGCCGAGGGGUUCGAACAAGAAUGCGAGGAUGAAGAGCUGGCCCUCGCCUGGCAAGUGGCCGAGGAAGAGGCGCAGUGAGAGAACAUGAGGGUCACCGUCGUUGUUCUUCCCCCUCUCGACCAUUGAACCCGGCCCCUCUCUGGGUGACCCCGGGGAAGAAGAAGACGAAGGCUGCCGCUUCCAAGAAGAAAGGCAGCGUUGCUGACCAAGGGAAGCUCGUCGAUAUGCCCGAGGGGUACUCCUUCCUGAAUACCGCCGCCCUUGAGAUAAGGUCGAAGGCUGAUGGGGCGGACUUCUACGUUACCCAGCUUCAUUUGGGACCCUCGGCGACGGUAGUGCCACCGGGACCUGAUGAUGUCCUCUCCCGGGCCCCCGAGGGGUGUAUAGCUGUUUACAUCCUCUCGGUGUCAAUGGGCCUCCGAUUCCCUCUGCACCCUUUUCUGCGUGAGUACCUUCGGUACGUAGGACUGCUCCCCUGCCAGCUCACGCCGAAUAGCCACUCGUACAUCGCUGGGUUCCUCCAUCUCUGUAAGUCCCGGGGGGUAACGCCUAGCUUGGACUUAUUUUUCCAAAGUUUCAACUUGUGCCGGGGGGAGGGCAUGCGAAUGCCGAGGGCUUUGCGAACCUGCAACAGGUGGCUCUGUUCAAGUUAUUCACUGAGGCGCCCUCCUCAAACAAAGGCUGGAAGGAGCGAUGGUGCUACGUCAGGCUAGCUGAGAGCCCUUUCCCGAGGGAGCUACGCGACCGGUUUAGGCGACAUGAGAAGGUGAGGAGCGCCGCCCUCGAGAAGGAUGGCAGGAUCCUGGCUAAGAUCCCGGAGGGUCGAAACAAGAAUAUAACCAUCAAGGAGUGCACCCUGGAGGAGGAUCUGUAUACCCUCGGGUUCCGACGGUAUCACUUCCUGGGGGAAACAGAUGAAAAGUACCCGAUGCUUGAUGGAGCCCCCGGGGGUUUAGGAGGUAACAGCCGAGGGCAUCUUCAUUUUCGUACUUAGCAUACAUUUUUUAUUCUCUUUUUGUACUUUCAUGCCAUUUAUUGAUGACCCGUCGGCCUAACCCCUUAUUGUUUUGCAGGUAUCCCGGUAUCCAAGAUGAACGUCAAGGGGCUUGCUGAUUUGAAGAAGAAGUCCUCCAAAUUUCCUAAGGGGAUGGAUGCGGGCAUCCAGAAGCCCGCCGGUGAUUUUUUCAAGAAGUCCGAGGGCCCGUCGACGGUCCCUACUGCUGAUGCCGCCGCCGCCGCGAAGAGGAAGGCCCCGGGCAAGGCUCCGGAGGGAAAGAAACCCAAAAAGGGAGAUACCGGGAAGAAGGAUCCUUCUGUGGUGAUUGUAGAUGAGCGCUCCGCCUCCGGGACGCAUGUGGAGAUGCCAACGGCUGAAAUGCCGAUGGGUAUUAGGGAGCCACCCUCCGAGCUUCUGCAGGUUUCUCUCCCGAGGGGAACAGCCGUGAUGAACUGCACGGUGGAUCCGAGGGUGCUCCUGAGGGGCAUGACCCCUGAGAUUGACAAAGCCACCCUCAGGGCUGAUGAUGACGUGGCCCUCGAGGACAAGAUCCUCUGGUCUUCCCUCACUAUAAGUUUCUUCAUUGUUAUCAUUCUGCCUUGUGUUAGGAUAUAUUGCAUAGCUUUCCUAACUCCUUUGUAUCUUACAGGCUUGCAUUGCCCUCGGCGAGCAGGCCCAGAGGCUGGAGGAGUGGCGCCUGCACAAGGCUGAGCAGGACGCGAAGAUGAAGGAACUCGUUCAUCAGAACUCUGAUGCCAUCAGGCAAAUGGCCGCGCUAGAGGAGAGCCUUCGGCAGAUGACGCUGCGAGCGGAGGCAGCUGACCGGGGCAAGGCCGAGGCUGAGAGGUCCGCAGCUGAAGCCAUCGAGAAGGCCGCCAAGGAGGCCGAGGCCGCCAAGGCGGAAGUCGUUGCCUAGGCACGGGAGGAGGCCAUCUCCGGAUUCCUGGCGGAGGGGUGAAAAGCCGAGGGGCACAAGCACUGGCUGUCUUCGGUUGUGGAGUCCUCUGUUGACGAGUGGUGUGACGGGCCUGGCGUAGAGUGGGUUUCCCGAAAGGGCCAGCAAUAUUAUGAUGGGGGUGAGUUUUUUACUCAGGCCCUCAUCUACCGGAGGAUGGCCCGUCAUUUGAAGAUCGACCCGAAGGAUUUUGACCCGGCAGCAUAUGGCCUCCCUCCCCUACAGCCAGAUGUUCGUGUUCCCCUCCCUCCGGAUGUCCAAAGGCCAGACCUAGAAGAUACAGAGCUGAUGAAGGAGGUCGAGGGCGACGGUGAGGAGGCUGGAGUAGAGGUCACCUCGAAGCCUGCUGAGGAAGCAAAGGCUGAGUGAAAUUGUACUUAGUAAUUUUUAAAAGAACUGGCUUUGUAAUGAACAUUUGUUUGCUUCCGGCCUCGGCCAUCCUGUAAUAGACAUUUCAACUAUUCCUUCCUCUUGAUGAAUGAAUGUCUGCCUUCGAGCUUUUGUACAUAAUUCGUUUUCCUUUGAAUGUGUGCCUUCGUUUUUCUUUGAAUGUAUGCCCUCGUUUUUCUUUGAAUGUAUGCCCUCUUUUUUCUUUGAAUGAAUGCCUUCUAAUACGCCUCGUGAAUAAAUGCCCUCGUACCUUGAUGCUUAGAUUGUCAGUUGUUAGGGACUUAGAAAAAAAUUCUUAGUGUUGUCCUCCCACCAGGCCUUCGGUUGUGUGGCCCCUCGGGCUGUAUGGGUGCUUGACGGAGGGCGAAAUAUUCAGGACUUAGAAAAUUUUUCCAAGUGUAGUUUCACCAAGCCUUCGACCGUGUGGCCCCUCUGGCUGCAUGGAGAUUUGACCGAGGGUCAAAAAUAUUUAGGACUUAGAAAAUUUUUCCAAGUGUAGUUGUAUGGGAUAGGAGCCUUCGGGUGAAUGUGAGAGCCUUGUCGUAGGUGUGCCUUCGGUUGACCGGUGACUCGACAGGGGGCAAAGUAUUUAGGACUUAGAAAAUUUUUCUAAGUGUUUGAAUAUCAUCUGGCCUUCGGUAUGUGGGCAUUUCUUGCUGCAUGAAGUGGGGUGACCCUCGUUGCAAUGUGAGUUUGCCGAGGGCCACACGCUUUAUGACUUAGAAGUUUUUUCUAAGUAUUUCCUAUUGCUGGCCUUCGGUGCGGGGACCCUUCGACUGCCUACUAUGUGGGCCUAGAACAAUUUCCUUUGUCUCGCAAGGUUGGUCUGUGGCACCAAAAGCCUUCGGCUGUUAUCAUGUUUCCACAGUGUUGACUUAGGAAAUUUUGUAGUUCAAGUGCAGCAUAAAAAGACAGACUCCCUCGGACAAUGCCUGAGUGUAUCCCCUCGACGUCUAGUGAGGUGCCGGAGGUGAUUCUCGCUUGGACUUGGCCAACAUCUGAUAGCAUUUGUUGUAUAGUAGCCUUCGGGGACGUUUUUGAAUUGUUGUUGAGUGAGCCUAUCACGUUCUGUAGGAUUUGAGCCUUCGGUUUUGAUGUAGCCGGAGGCAAUCAAAAAGUGGACUUAGCCAUUUGUUGAUGAUGCUUGUUGAAUAGUAUCUUUGGUAAUUAUGAGCUUCCAGGUACCGAAGGUGUUCCCGUGGGGAGCCCUCGGUAUGUUCCCAUGAAUUGUUGGAGUGGUGUACUCAUUGAUUUCUCGCUGAGUCUACUCCCCUUCACCACCCCAUUUUUUUUUUGGUAGUGAAGGGAAGGCUUCAAGAAACUUGGUUUCUUGGUAAGGCUUGGCCUAUCGGGAGGUAAUAGAAUACACCAUUAGCUCCCCCCUCGGGUUAACCUUCCGAGUUCCGAGGGGAUCGAGGGUCGUUUCCUGGGCACAAGACAUGGUCUGUAGCCUGCCUCCCCUUGGGAGAUGGUACGGAAAGCGCCUCAGUUUUGAAAGUCAUCCCCUCGGCGCCAGACGUAGUCCGUGGCUUGCCAUACCCUUGGGGUAGUGGCGCGGGGAGCGUUUCGAUUUGGAAGUCGAAUCCUGGGCAUAUCAGAUGCCUGCCAAUCCCUGGGGGAAAUGGCGCGGAAAGCGUUCCGUUUUUUAAAGUCGAAUCCUAGGCAUAUUACUUGCCUGUCAUACCCUUGGGGUAGUGACACGGAAAGCGUUUCAGAGAAGGGUUUUCAUUUGCACACUGGUUGCAAAUGGCCGGGGGCACUGCGUGCUACCGGCACCGAUAGGUGGCGCCUUCGGUAUAUGCGUCCUCGAGGGGUACGACUUUAGAAACAACACUUGGUGUUUGUUCCGGUAUACGGCCCCCGGUACUUAGUGCCGAGGGGUCUUCUUUUUAAAACACUUGGUGUUUUUUUUUCGUUUGUUGAGAAUUGAUAGUAGUGUAUGCCCCCGGCACUGGAUGAGAAGGUGUGUUUGAUGCCCCAUGCCUCUAGGAGGGCACAGAAGGGGGUUGCCUCAAACUGAGUCCCAUUGUCGGAGAUGAUUUGUUGGGGGACGCUAAACCUUGUGAGGAUGUUCUUGUGAACAAAAUGGCGGCACCUGGCCUCGGUGAUGCUGGUGAGGGGCUCAGCUUCCACCCAUUUGGUGAAAUAGUCGAUGGCGACAAUGAUGUACCUGUUGUUGGAGGUACCCCUCGGCAGAGGGCCCACAAGGUCUAUGCCCCAUCGAGCGAUGGGUAUAGAUGUGCUGAUGGGGGCAUAGUUGACCGCUGGCCUGCCGGGGGCUUUCUGGAAGUGUUGGCAUGCGGUACACCUUCGGGCGAGAUCCGCACAAUCUCGGACCAUUGUACGCCAAAAGUAGCUCUGGAUUAUGAGCCUUCGGGACAUGGAGAAGGGUCCCUGAUGAGCUGAACAAGUGCCACUGUGCACUUCCUCCAUCGCAACUUCGACUUCAUCUUGAUGAAGGCACCGAAGUAGUGUCCCGUUGUAUGAUCUUUUGUAAAGCCUUCCGUCUUCGAUAGUGUAGCUGGGAGCCCUCAACUUCACUAGCUUGGCACGGGCCUCAUUUUCAGGUAGUUGCCCUGUGGUGAUGAAGGCGACAAUAUCUGAGAUCCAGUCCUCUUGCCUUUGUUGUAUGUGCAUGAUGGGGCUAGCAUGUAUGCUGGAGAGGCUGAGCUCCUCGAUUUUGGCAAUUUUUGAGAUAUGCUCAGGGGAUUUGGCCGAGAGCUUCGAUAAAAUGUCGGCCUCGGAGUUUUGAGCCCUCGGUAUUUGAGUAAGAGAGUGUGCCUCAGAUACCUUAAGCAACUCCUUGGCCGCUUCUUUGUACUGCUUCAUUCUCCCUUCCUUGGCUUCGUACUCCCAGAAAUUUGGCCGGCAACUAACUUGGAGUCGCACUUGACGUGGAUUUGUCGCGCCUUCAUGUUGGCUGCCAGCCGAAGGCCACAGAGGAGGGCCUCGUACUCGGCCUUGUUGUUGGAGACCUUGAAGGAGAUACGGAUUGCAUAAUAGGCCCGGAAGCCUACGGGUGAGAUGAGAACCACCCCUCCUCCACAUGCUUUGACAGCGGAGGAGCCGUCGGUGUAGAGGGUCCACCAAUCGUCCGAGGGGGCCGGGGGCUCCUCGUCCAUGGCUGAUCUCGCCGUGCACUCCGUCACGAAGUCUGCUAGGGCUUGGCCCUUGACGGCGGGCCUAGGACGGAUGUCGAUGUUGUAUUGGCUCAGGAAGACAACCCAUUUUACCAUUCGGGAGGAGCUGGUGGGGCUCCUCAUCAAAGCGCCGAGGGGCUGGGGAGUGAGGACCUGGACCGGGUGAGCUUGGAAGUAAUUGCCCAACUUCUUGACAGUCCAAACGAUGGCCAGCAUUGUUUUUUCCACAGGGGAAUACCGGAGUUUCGCUUCCCUGAGGGUCUUGCUAACAAAGAAGAUGGCAUGUUGGACGCCAUCCUCUUCCCGGAUGAGCACUGAGCUGAUGGCUGUCGGGCUGACACCAAGGUAAAGGUAUAGGGUCUCCCCAACCUUGGGUUUAGAGAGUACUGGGGGUGAAGAUAAAUACCGUUUCAGUUCCUCGAAGGCCCCCUGACACUCUGAAGUCCACUGGAAACCGGUGGUCUUUCUCAUGAUCUGGAAGAAGGGUAAGGACUUCUCCGCCGAUUUUGAUAUGAAGCGAUUGAGGGCUGCCAGGCGGCCCAUCAAUCGUUGGACCUCCUUCACGUUGCGUGGGGGCUCCAUGUUGAUGAUGGCUUGGAUCUUCUCGGGGUUGGCCUCGAUACCCCUUCGGCUCACCAUGUAGCCUAAGAAUCUACCCCCUUGUACGCCGAAGGUGUACUUCUUCGGGUUUAGCCGAAGGUUGAACUUCUGCAUGAUGGCGAAGAUUUCCCUUAGGUCGUCAGCAUGGCUUGCUGAUUGCUUGCUUUUGAUCAUGUCGUCAACAUAUGCCUCCAUGGUGCGCCCUAGGACAUCUUGAAAGACCCUGUCCACCAUCCGGGUGUAGGUGGCGCCUGAGUUCUUUAGGUUGAAGGCCAUGACAAGGUAGCAGAAGAUGCCUCGGGAGUCAUGAAGGCUGUUUUUUCAGCGUCUUCCUCAUGCAUAAAGAUUUGAUGAUACCCGCGGAAUGCGUCGAGAAAUGACAUGAUUUCACACCCCGUGGUCUCAUCUACAAGUUGAUCAAUAUUCAGAAAAGGAAAGGGGUCCAUGGGACACGCCUUGUUGAGAUCCGUGUAGUCCACGCACAUGCGGAAUGAGGGCGGUUUUUGUGCGAGGACUACGUUCGCCAGCCAUGAGGGGUAUUUUACCUCCUUGAUGUGCUUGAUAGAGAGGAGCAUGGCAACCUCCUUCUUCACAAAUUCCCUCCUCUCGGCCGAGAGGGGUCUCCUCCGUUGUUGUACUGGUUUAGCUGAAGGGUCCACCGACAGGCGGUGGGUGAUGACCCUUCGGCUGAUCCCCGGCAUGUCCUCCGGCCCCCAUGCAAAAACAAUGGAGUAGGCGCGGAGGGCGCUGAUGAUGUCGGUCUUCAAGUCUUCGGGGAGCUGGGCUCCAAUCUUCACAACUCUCUCCGGCUUGGCCGGAUCGAGCGCAAAGUCUUCUACCUCCUCGGCUGGUUCAGGCCUCGGCCUCCUUUCUUCCUCUUCCACAGUUCCGGUGAUAGUGUCAACACGGAAUUCCGUCUUGCUAACCUUCUUCGUCACUUGAAGGUAGCAGGCGCGGGCAAGUUUUUGAUUCCCCCUCGAGCAACCGAUGCCUCCCUCGGCUGGGAACUUGAGGCAGAGGUGCCUCAUGGAGAUGACGGCUUCGAGAUCCUCGAGGGCUGGCCGGCCGAGGAUGACGUUGUGGACGCAGUCGAUGUUGACGACGACGAACUCCACUUCGAGCUUGGCUCUAUGGAGCCCGUCGCCGAAGAGUACCGGGAGGGUUAUGACCCCCUCGGAAUCAAUGGUAUCACCGGUGAAACCGGCAAGAGGGGUCUUGAUGGGCCGAAGGGACCCCUCUCCAGAUGCAGCUCUCUGAAGGUGCUGAGGUACAUUACAUUGACGGAGCUCCCCGUGUCAACGUAGGUUCGGUGAAUGAUGGUGUUGUUGAUUUCGCUUUGGAUCACCAAAGCAUCCCUAUGAGGAGAAGAAGACGGGGGGAGAUCGGCGUUGGUGAAUGUGAUGGGUUCUUCCCUCAUCCGUUUUACAGGGGGCAUGUGAGUGACUUCCCCCACGUAAAGUGAUUGAGCCCACUUUUUCCGCUGACUGGUAGAGUCGCCCCCGGUAUUGCCCCCAGUGAUCAUGAGGAUGUGGCGCUUCUUUUCCUGGUACCGAGGGUACUCUUCCUCCUCUUCUUCCAGGUUCCCAAUCUCCCUCUUCUUGCUGAGGGGGGUGGUGAUGGGGUUGACCCAUGCGUUUGCUUUCGCAGGGUGCCCUCGGGGUGGCCCUUGGUAAGGGGGACCCUGUUGCUGAGGGCCUUGGACAAACUGGGACAGAUACCCGCCUGUAUUAACCUCUCGAUGGCUGUCUUCAGCUGAUGGCAGUCAUCGGUUUUGUGCCCCCGAUGCCGAUGGAAGGGACAGUAGGGGUAGUUUGGAUUGAUGGCAUAUACCUCCGGGGGUGCGCGAGAAUCUCGCUCCACCAGGCCCCUCUCCUCAGUGAAGUCGAGGAUGACGCUGACGGGGUGCGUCAAAGGUGUUCGAGGGUGCUCCAGGAGAACAGGUUGUGCCCAAGCCCUCAGGGUCCCCUUGUAACCUCCCCCGGACUUGGCUUGGUCGUGCCGGGGGCGGUCACUGGGGGGUUCCGAAUCCUUGGGUUGAUUACGGGGAGCCCCCGGCCCUCGGUUGCCUUUGUCGUCUGGCCGAGGGCGUUGCUGAUCGGGGUUGUGAUGGCAUUUUUCCACCUCCUCGGCUUCGGCGUACCUGUCCCCCCGCUGUAGGGCCUUUAUAUAAUCGGGGGGGGUCGAUGAUGAGGCUCCUUGAGAAGUUUCCGGGGCAGAGUACUAUUUGGGGGAGGGCCAGGAGGGUCCCGUUGUCUGCGCCAUCAACUUUAUCAGCCUCCGUUCUCCAACGCUCCAAGAAGUCCCGAAGGGUCUCCUCUUUCCUUUUCCUCACUGUCAGCAAAUGGGAGAAGUGUUUUCUUGUGUGGCGCUUUCCCGUGAAUUGUGUCAAGAACCGCUGGGCGAGUUCUUGCCAUGAGUCGAUGCAGCCUUCGGGCAAUCGAUUGAACUAUUCGUAAGCCGGCUCCUCUAAGGUGGAGAGGAACCAACAGCACAAAUAUUCAUCUGAUGCCCCUACAAUCAUCAUACUGUUUUGGUACCUGUUGUAGUGCUCCUGGGGGUCAGUUUUUCCGUCGUAGGGCUUGAUGAGUUGCCCUCAGGAUUUUUCCGGGAUCCCGGCCGCCAAUACCCGUGGGGUAAAUGGCGUCCGGGUCCGGAGUUGUAUGGUGGGUUCCCCGGAGCCCUCGGUUAUCUUCUUUUGCAUUUCCUCCAUCUUGGCCAACAUGGCCUCAUACUUCAGGUCUGCAUGGGAGCAGAAGUGGUGGCGUGUGCUUUGGUGGCCUCCAUCUCGUCAAGCCGGCGCUGGAGGGCCGCAAUGAUUUCGUCCCGGGGGUCUUUCGGGGGGCCUCCGCCCCCUGCGAACGAACACGGGCCGAGUGGGCCUGGUUGAUUUGGUGACGGGCGUCGUCGGCAUGGAGAGGUGCCUUGCCUUUGUCCUGAAGGGGACACCUUUCAUUAGCCCUGGAGACGGAUCCGCCACUUUCCUGAGGCCUCUAGAGCACCUUCCCCUCGAGGUGGUCUUGGACCCCUCGGCGGUCUUGCGCCCCUCCGAAUCUCUCGAGGGCAGAGGUCCGGGGUUGUUCCUUGUUCAUGUUGUGGCGGUCCCGGGAUUGGACUUCCUGGGAGGCCGUAUCUUGGGGCACGACCCCCUCGACGUUCCCCAUCCGGAGGACAGGGUUCCCGAGGGGGUGUGGAUGAGGGGGAGGCAUGAUAUUCUCCCCGACCUGAGGUUGGAGGGGAACCAAAGUGACGAAGGCACCCGGAUUCUGGGUGAGCGUCUGGAUGAAGGCGGAAAACGCCGACUGCACAUCGAUAGUGAUGACCGGAGGGCUAACUUGGUUCUCGCUCCGGUCCUUCUUUUUGGCCUCGAUGCCGAGGCGGGCAUCGGGGGCAUUUUGUUGAAUCUGAUGGCGUAGGUCGAUAGCCGUCUGGUCCAACCCGGUGAUGACAUCGCCCCCGGGAGCCCUGUUAGAAGCCUCGGGGACGUCGACUUCGCCGAGGGCCAGGUUCCUGUCCUCAACGUUCUUGGAGUUGGCACGAGUUGUUCUCACCAUUUUCGCUAGGUGUUUUGUGUUUGGCGAGGGGGGGGUUCUUACUUUAUUACUCGACCUCUCAACGAGAGCACCAAAUGAUGGAUAGUCUACCCGGGGGUAUGUAUCCGAAGGGUUACUGCGGGGAGUAACUAGAGAGAAGUCAGAGCAAAAGUAAGAGAGAGAGUGUAUUGCUGAGAAUGUGAUGAGCGAAUUUAGCUUGGAUUACAAAUGGGGAAAAGGGGCGCUAUUUAUAGUAGUAAUAAAUGCCAGAUAGGGACACGUGUCAUCAUUCUGGUGGUCGAGGGGUCACCUCAACGGGGUGGCACUGGCAUUCGCAUGUGGCCGCAUUAAAUGCGGCUGUUGGAUGUGACGUCGUGCUUGGUACAGUGAUCCAGGCGCAUGUGGAGAGGAUAUUAUGUCGAGAAAGGUCCCCUCAACUGCAGAUGAUUAGCCGAGGGCUCUGAGUACCGGGAACCUCCUUAGUGCCGAGGGUUCUGGGUGCCGAGGGCUACUGAUUUUCGCCGUUUUCUCCCAGUAACUUUGUUUGCUUGAGUUGGCCAUCCUGUGAGAAUUUGGAGCUUUCGGCCAGGGGGCCGAAGGCACCCCCAGUGUGCCACGUGGGUUGCUCAGUACUUGGGGCGCUGUGAUUCGGGCUUGCUGUGCUUCCUGGGCCUAUGGGGCCUCCCUUUGAAUAGUGGGAGUCUAUGGGCCGGGGGUUCCUGGGCCAUAUACUCCAUCAAUGCUGGAAUAUGACCGAACGAAACAAGAAGGGCCAUGGGCAAAUCAAGGCAACAGGGGGGGGGGGGGGGGUAACACAAAUUACCCUCCUCAAAAUUACCAAGGGAGAAAUUACCAAGGUAACCAAUGGCGGAGGGAUUACAACAAUGAUCACCCUUGCGGCGGUUACCAAGGUAACCAGAACUACAACAACAACAACAAUCAAGGGCACAACUUCCAAGGGCGGAACCAGGGAGGAGCACUAAACCAAUCAAACCAGAACAAACAGGUUUAUAUGCCUCCACAUAUACGACAAACAGAGGCGGCCCAAACGUCGGAGAUAGGCUUGCUGGUAGCUGAACUAGCACGGACACGGGAGGAGAUGGAAAAAUACAGAGCUAGCACUGACAAUCAGAUCAAAUCUCUGAUGAUGCAAAUUAAUCAGAAUAAUGUUCCCGGUCGUCAGCCUGGCAACUUGCCUAGCACUACAGAACCUAAUCCCCGUGAACAUGUGCAAGCUAUCACUCUCCGAAGUGGGAGACAAACAACCGAGGACAAGCAGAAGAACAGUGAAGAGGAGGAGACACCUAGUAUGACAACAGAGAAACAUACUGAUGCUCCAACUGAGAAGAGCAUGGAACCAACACGCCCUAACACAAAGGUCACCAUUGUCAAACCUUCUCUCCUGUUUCCUUCACGGGUUAGAAAUGAUGACGAUAGUAGGAAAUGCAACAAAUUCCUGGACCUACUCAAACAACGCCACGUCAACCUGCCGCUGAUGGAUGCCUUGGCGGAGUUGCCAAAAUAUGCCAAGUUUUUCAAGGACUUGCUCACAAAAAACAGGCAGUUGCAGGCGCUCUCAGUCGUGGACCUAAAUGCAGAAUGCUCAGCGGUGGUUCUAAGGUCAAUACCUGAAAAGCUAAAGGAUCCAGGUAGCUUCACUAUCCCUUGUUCAAUUGACAAUUUCAAUUUCAUUAAUGCUCUAGCUGACUUAGGGGCGAGUAUCAACCUGAUGCCUUCCUCUAUAGUCGAGAACCUAGGACUUGGGGAAAUGAAACCCACCAGGAUGUGUCUUCAACUGGCUGAUCGCUCAGUCAAAUAUCCGAAAGGAAUUGUUGAAGACGUCUUGGUCAAGGUUGACAAAUUCAUUUUCCCAGUCCACUUUGUAGUAAUGGACAUGGAAGAGGAUAGGGAAAAACCUCUUAUUCUGGGAAGGCCCUUUCUGGCUACCGCCAGGGCCUUGAUUGAUGUCACUGAUGGCUCAUUAACUCUAAGAGUUGAAGAUGAUUUAUGCACCUUCCGACUCUCAAAUGUUAUGAAACACCCCACAGAUUCCUUUCAAGGAUGUCAUUUUCUUGAUACUUUCGAAUCAAUUGAAGGGUAUCUGUUUGGGGAAGAGAAUGGACAUGUAAGUGAUAAAGCAUGUCUGUUAAAAGAAGCAAACGGUGACAUGAGUGAUGCAUGUGAGAGUUGUGAGGACGCGAUAAUUGAGCAAGCUUCUCACGAAGUAUUGUCUUAGUUCGGGGGGGAGAAAAAUGAACAAAACUUAAGAAAUGACCGCCCCCUCGAACUAAAGAAACUCCCUGACCAUUUAGAAUACGCAUUCUUGGAUGACGAAGGCAAAUGCCCUGUCGUCAUCGCCGCACACUUAAGUGAGGAACAAAGGGGCAAAUUACUUGGAGUCCUUAAGACACACAAGCAAGGAAUUGCUUGGAAAGUCCCUGUCCCAACUUCUGGAAGUCACUGCCUUUGCUUCCAAAAGGUGUCUUGUGUUGCCUUUUGAAGAACUUUGAAGUUGUUCUCAACAGCCUUUGUUAAUUGCUCAAAGGCUUGAACAUGAGCCUGCUACUCCAUGAGGAACUUGUGGGAGAUUUUGAGCAUGGCAGGGAACUCCUCACUCCUUAGCUUUGUGAGGUACUCUUCAUUCUCCUACACCCUUUGAAGAGCUUGUUCAAGGUUAGGAGGUAAAGAGGGAAGUAGAGGUACUUGAGCAGAGGACUCUGCUUCCGGUUGGGAGUUUGUUGUUGUCUCUUGCUAUCGCAGUUCCCUUAGAGAUGCCAGUAUUUGGUUUUCCAGCUCUUCAUCUUUAGCUUGUAGUGCAGCGAGCUCUUGGUGUAUAGCUUCCAUCUGAGCCAGCUGCUGGGAGAGUUGGAUUUUUAGUUGUGCCUUUUGCUCAGAGUUGAAGACUUGCUGGAUCAUCAAGUUGCUUUUGAUGUGGUAGUGUACUUCAGCAAACCGCAUCUCUAGUAGGUGAUAAAAGUGUUUAUGCAUCUUGAUCAACCUCUUGUGAAGCCUAACCUCAGCAUUGCUUAUGAAUUUGGUGGUGGCCCUUCUUUCUUGGAUGAAGACAUCUGCCAUUGUUGGAGUAUCUUCUGCAUCUUCUGUGAUGCUUUUCCUUCUAAUAUCCUCAGAUGUAGUAGGUUGUUGCUCAGGAGCUUCUUCUUGGUUGGGUUCGUUGUUGAGGUCUGGAAGUGGAGUUGCCUGUUGUGAGAUGGCAGUUGGUUGUGCUUGAGAUGUUUUGUUUGCUUUAGAGGUUUCUCCACCUCCUUGAGUUUCCAUUCUUGAUUUCACCAUAACUCUUCUGAGUUCUUUGUCACUAGAGGAGGAGGAGUGGAUGAUUUGUUUACCUUUUGAGCUACGUGGUCCCUUUGGAUCAUCAUCAUCAUCAUCACUGGAGUCUUCAAUUGCCGCCUUGGCAGGGAGCUUCUUCUUCUUUAUUGCAUACACUUGAUUGAUCUUGAAGAUAGUGGUUGCAACUGCCAGAUCUUCUGUUCCAAGCCAUUCUAAGGCGAAGUCUUCCUCAUAGAUGAAGCUUGAUAGAGUUUCAGCUUGCUCCAGAAUGCGUGUUAGCUUCCAUUUUCUCCAAUUCUUUACUCUGGCACAGUCUGCAUCUAGUUGCUCUAGAGGUGUGAGUACUGGAGAACUAGCUGGUGGUGCGAGAGGAGGCUACUGCUCAUCUAAGUGAGCCGGUUGCUCUUUAGUUUGAGCCUGCUGCUCGUUUAGUUGAGCCAGCUGCUCUUCGGUUGGAGCCGGCUGCUCAUUUUGUUGCUCCUGCAUCUCGUCUCCAUCCCUUAGCCUAGACAUGAGGACGAACAAUGGUGUGGCUGAUUCAUUGGUUUCUUUUGAGGCGUAUGAGGAGGGCCCUGCUUCUUCAUUGAUAGUCGGGAGAGGAGAGGCAAUUGCUUCUUCACUUGCUGCAGCUUCAAUUUCUUCUUGCAGGUUUCGUGUAGAGGUUCUUGUUCUUUUGGAUUGAACCUCUUUGCAUCCUGAUCUGAGCCUCUUAGUCGUUUUGGUCUUGAUUCUGUUGAAGGCAGUUUUGAGGAGCUCGUUGGAGGAAAUUUCUAUUGUUUCUUGAAUUUCUGGGGCUCCUACCUUUGAGGUUUGGAAGAGGAUUUUCCUCCAAUUUGAUGGUUCCUUGGUGGUCCCUAUGAUUCCUUUCUUCUUCAGUACUUCCCCAAUUAGAAAACCAUAACCUACCCAUGGGAAGGUAUCGUCUUCUCUUCUUUCUUCGUGUGAUUUAGUUACAUACUUUUGCAUUUGAUUGUAAACAUACCUUGACCAAUUGUAUGGGGACCCUGAGAUGAUUGCAGCCAAGUAUUUUGCCCUUUUUUCAUUCAGUUCAUCCAGGGAAGUGUUUUUUGUGUCUACACAUUUGUAGAGGAUGUCCAUGAGCAGAGCAUAUUCGUGGACCAUUUUCUUCUUUUUGACCGAGCACCUUCACGUAGAACUAUCUCUUUGAGAUGUUAUGUGUCUAGUGUGAAGUCUUCAACUGAUGGAGCUUCGUUACAAGGUAGAGAGAGCAGUACCCUGAUGUCCCCUUCUUCAAUUUCUACAGGCCUUCCCUUGAUGACGGAUUUAAGGGUACCUUGUUCAGAAUUAAGGUAAAAUUCGGCCACCACUUCAGGAUAGAAGUGCGGAUAGGGGUAGGUUGACAUCUUCGUAAGGCCCGUUGUUUCCAGUUUCCUUAGUAGCUCUCUCAUGAGGUCACUAUUAUUACCUUUGUUCAUGGCGAUGGCAGUGUUGAGAAUGGAUCCGGUGAAGAUGAAUUUUGAGAUUUAGAUGAGAGAGGCCAUGUGUGUUUGUGGGGAAUGAAAUGUUUGUGUGAAAGAAGUGUUCGUUUGAGAGCCUUGAGAGCUUUGAGAUCGUUUAAGAGUUUAGAAAGAGGUUAGAGAGUGAUUGCAAGCAAAAGGAGUUAAAGAAUUGUACGGAGGAGGUAUUUAUAGGUUAUCGGAAACUAGCCGUUAAGAUAUAACCGUUGGAGAAUACGGCUGGUCAGGCAUGGCAUUAACUGCUAGUUUCUGUGUUCACACUGUGAGCAGGUGGCUCAUUCUUGAGGAAACUUUUGGUGGUUUCUGAGAGAAAAAAGUUACCUUUUAGGAAUCAUUGAUAUAAGAGGAUUAAGAUGACAUAUGCCAAGUACUUAGAUUCCAUGUAUUUUUGUCAGAAAUUGAGCCUACUGCUGUCUUGAAACAGUCGGCUGCUCUCCUAAGGCAGGCACCUGCUCGAUUUUUAUGAACCGUGUUUUUACUUCCAUUUCAUCUUCCUUGUAUCUCUCUUGUCCUUUUGUAUGAAUUAUGUGAUGCAAAUUCUCGCAAGUAUCAAGAAAAUGUAGCAGUGGGCUAGUAGCAGUCACCUGCUGAGCCAGCUGCUAGGUGUAGUCACCUGCUAAGCCAAGUGCUGCUAGGUGCAGUCACCUGCUGAGCUAGCUGCUACUGGGAGGCAGUUUGUAACUUAGAUUUAACUUUCAUGAGCUUUUCAUGGAACUUGAUGCUUCAUUCCUCGAUGUUUGGAAAUGAUCCCCCUCAGCAUGUGGCUGAGAAUUCCCCCUCAAUUGAGUUCGCCCUAACUGGGUGUCGGGUUAUUCCUUCACUUGAUCAAGAUCAUUUAACAUUCCAAGCUCUUGCCUUAAUGUGUUGAAUCUUGCUUCAUUCAAUGUCUUGGUGAAGAUGUCAGUCAGCUGCUUUUCUGUGGGAAUGUAUUCUAACUUGAUUGUCUUCUUCUCAACAUGUUCUCUGAUGAAGUGGUGCCUUAUCUCAAUAUGCUUGGUUCAUGAAUGAAACACCGGAUUAUGAGUAAUUGAAAUAGCACUUGUGUUAUCACAUAGGAUGCUAAUCUCUUUUGUUUCUUCACCAUAAUCUUUUAGUUGUUGUUUCAUCCAGAGUAUUUGAGCACAACAGCUUCGUGCAGCUAUGUACUCUGCUUCGGCAGUGCUAGUAGCAAUUGAGUUUUGUUUCUUGCUGAACCAUGUGACAAGUCUUCUUCCAAUUAAUUGACAAGUACCAGAGGUGCUUUUUCUGUCAAUUUUGCAUCCAGCAAAGUCUGACUUUGAAUAGCCAUAGAGUUCAAAACCUCCAUUCGUAGGUGAUGGAUAGGUGUACCCGGGGGUAGCUUAUCCGAGGGGUUACUGCGGGGAGUAACUAAAGAGAAGUAAGAGCGAAUAAGUAAGAGAGAUAAAGAGUUUGAAUGUGGAAUGUGUAUUCAUGUUGUGUGUUACAAAGGGAAAAGGGGAGCUAUUUAUAGUAGUAAUAAAUGCUAGAUAGGUACACAUGUCAGCAUUCUGGUGGUCGAGGGGUCACCUCAACCGGGGUGGCACUGGCACUCGCAUGUGGCCGCAUUAAAUGCGGUGGUUGGAUGUGAUGUUUGUACUUGGUACGGUGAUCCAGGCGCAUGUGGAGAGGAUAUUCUGUCGAGGUGGAUGCCUUCGGCUGAAGGGUGCUGGGCCGAAGGCUCUUCUAACCGGGGGCUCCAUUAUGUUGAAGGCUGUAUGUGCCGAAGGCUUCUGAUGCCGAAGGUGAAUGCUCAUGCUGAAGACCCCCUGUGGCCGAAGGCUCUUUUAGCCGAAGGCUCUGUAAGCCGAAGGCUCUGUAAGCAGAAGGCUCUGUAAGCUAAAGGCUCUGUAAGCCGAAGGCUCCUGAUUUCUGCAGUUUCCUCCCAGUAGCUUCGUAUGCUCAAAUGAAACUGUUCUGUGGAAUUUGGAGCCCUCGGCCAAGGAGGCCGAAGACAUUUACACGUGUAUUUGUGGGCUUCUUGAUACUCGGCCCGCUAAAGUAGGAGUCUGUGGGCCGGGGGUCCUUGAGCCAUAUACUCCAUCAGGAGUCCCCCACUCCUUUUGCCGAAAAGGUAUUUGAGGGAAAAGGAGUAGUUGUGGUGAUUGCCCUGAAGGCUCCCCUGUUUUGAUUGUCUUCUUCUCAACAUGUUCUCUGAUGAAGUGGUGCCUUAUCUCAAUAUGCUUGGUUCUUGAGUGAAACACCAAAUUAUGAGUAAUUGCAAUAGCACUUGUGUUAUCACAUAGGAUGCUACUCUCUUUUGUUUCUUCACCAUAAUCUUUUAGUUGUUGUUUCAUCCAGAGUAUUUGAGCACAACAGCUUCGUGCAGCUAUGUACUCUGCUUCAGCAGUGCUAGUAGCAAUUGAGUUUUGUUUCUUGCUGAACCAUGUGACAAGUCUUCUUCCAAUUAAUUGACAAGUACCAGAGGUGCUUUUUCUGUCAAUUUUGCAUCCAGCAAAGUCUGACUUUGAAUAGCCAUAGAGUUCAAAACCUCCAUUCGUAGGUGAUGGAUAAGUAUACCCGAGGGUAGCUUAUCCGAGGGGUUACUGCGGGGAGUAACUAGAGAGAAGUCAAAGCAAAUAAGUAAGAGAGAUAAAGAGUUUGAAUGUGGAAUGUGUAUUCAUGUUGUGUGUUACAAAGGGAAAAGGGGAGCUAUUUAUAGUAGUAAUAAAUGCUAGAUAGGUACACAUGUCAGCAUUCUGGUGGUCGAGGGGUCACCUCAACCGGGGUGGCACUGGCACUCGCAUGUGGCCGCAUUAAAUGCGGUGGUUGGAUGUGAUGUUUGUACUUGGUACGGUGAUCCAGGCGCAUGUGGAGAGGAUAUUCUGUCGAGGUGGAUGCCUUCGGCUGAAGGGUGUUGGGCCGAAGGCUCUUCUAACCAGGGGCUCCAUUAUGCCGAAGGCUGUAUGUGCCGAAGGCUUCUGAUGCCGAAGAUGAAUGCUCAUGCUGAAGACCCCCUGUGGCCGAAGGCUCUUUUAGCCGAAGGCUCUGUAAGCCGAAGGCUCUGUAAGCCAAAUGUGUAAGCUGAAGGCUCCUUAUUUCUGCAGUUUCCUCCCAGUAGCUUCGUAUGCUCAAAUGAAACUGUUCUGUGGAAUUUGGAGCCCUCGGCCAAGGAGACCGAAGGCACUUACACGUGUAUUUGUGGGCUUCUUGAUACUCGGCCCGCUACAGUAGGAGUCUGUGGGCCGGGGGUCCUUGGGCCAUAUACUCCAUCAGGAGUCCCCCACUCCUUUUGCCGAAAAGGUACUUGAGGGAAAAGGAGUAGUUGUGGUGAUUGCCCCGAAGGCUCCCCUGUUUUGUUGGGUGCCUCAUUUUCUCAAUUCCCCCACAUGUCAGGGGCUGAGGGCUUCUUGAAGGAAGUGCGAGUGUGUUGCUCGCAUGUGUUUCUUUGUUGUAGUUUGUAAAGUAGUGAGAGAUCUGCAUUUUUGUGUUUGCCGAGGGCAUUUGUUGACUGAAGGCUUUGUGUGGCCGAAGGCAUUAUGUGGCCGAAGGCAUCAUGUGGCUGAAGGCGUUGUGUGGCCGAAGGUAUCAUGUGGCUGAAGGCAUUGUGUGGCCGAAGUAUCAUGUGGUUGAAGGCAUUGUGUGGCCGAAGGCAUUGUGUCGAGGGAAGUAGAUUGUCGUUGUGAUCUUGCCUCAGCUUGCUGUGGCUGAGAAAUAGAAAAUUUUUAACAUUUGCGUGUUUUGCCGAGGGGAGUCCCCCAGUCCCCCACUCCUUUUGCCGAGAUUUUCUCGAGGGAAACAAGAGUAGAGUGAUGCAUGCCUUCAGUAGGAGCCACCGAGGGGUGACGCCUUUUGUUCCACAAUGGGGAGAUGCCUCGCUAAAAACCUCAUUAGGAAAAAACCCUGCGGGAAAAAAUCCUAAUGAGGGAAAAAGAGUACACAGGAUGCCCCCAGAAUGGAGCAAAAGGAAUGCACCCUUCGGCCUUGAUUUUUGAGCGGUGGUUGUGUCCGUCUGCUGAGGGGAUAUCCAAGACCAGCCUUAGAUCCUGCAUGAAAAAGCUGAGGAGCUUGUAAGGACCCUCCAUUACCAAAUAAAGGUGACGGAGGGGUGCAAGGCCAGGUGGGCCUGUGUGAGAUCCCCUGGCAUCAAAUACAGAUGCCAGAGAGAUGAGGGUCGAGGGGCCUGUGUGAUGGCCCCCGACAUCAAAUAAAGAUGUCGGGGGGAUGAAGGCCGAUGGGCCUGUAUGAUAGCCCCCCGGCAUCAAAUAAAGAUGCUGGAUGGAUGAAGGUCAGGCCGAGGGGCCUCUGUGAUGGCCCCCGACAUCAAAUAAAGAUGCCAAAGGGAUGAAGGCCGAUGGGCCUGUAUGAUAGCCCUCGACAUCAAAUAAAGAUACCGGAGGGAUGAAGGUCAGGCCGAGGAGCCUGUGUGAUGGCCCCCGACAUUAAAUAAAGAUGUCGGAUGGAUGAAGGACGAGGGGCCUGUAUCAUAGCCUCUGGCAUCAAAUAAAGAUGCCGGAGAGAUGAAGGUUGAGGGCCUGUAUGAUAGCCCCUGGCAUCAAAUAAAGAUGUCAGAGGGAUGAAGGCCGAUGGGCCUGUAUGAUAGCCCCCGACAUCAAAUAAAGAUACCGGAGGGAUGAAGGUCAACCCGAGGGGCCUGUGUGAUGGCCCCCGACAUUAAAUAAAGAUGUCGAAGGGAUGAAGGCCGAGGGGUCUUUGUGAUGGCCCCCGACAUCAAAUAAAUGAUGCCGGAGGGAUGAAGGCCGAGGGCCGUUGUGAUGUUGAGGUUGAGGGCCGUUGUGAUGUGGAGUCACGCUGCGGCCGAGGGCCGUUGGUGAUGUAGACUCACGUUGAGGCCAAGGGAUGUUGGUGAAAUCACGCUAAGGCCAGAACUGCUGUGACGUAGAGUCAUGCUGAGGCCGAGGGCCGUUGUGAUGUUGAGGCCGAGGGCCGUUGUGCAAUGGAGUCACGCUGUGGCCGAGGGCCAUUGGUGAUGAAGAAUCACGUUGAGGCCGAGGGCCGUUAGUGAUGUGAAAUCACGCUAAGGCCAGAACCGCUGUGACGUAGAGUCAUGCUGAGGCCGAGGGCUGUUGUGUUCUUGAGGCUGAGGGCCAUUGGUGAUGUAGAAUCAAAUUGAGACCGAGGGCCUUUCCUUGAUAAUUCCGGGAGUCCUCCGGGUGUAUGUUCCUUCUUUCAGGCUUCGAUCGAGGGGGUUGAUUCCCCGCCUCGGCCGAAAGGGGGCCAAGUGAUUCGUCCGGGGGUUCGUCUGUUAGUCCCCUGGCGCUGGGUCGUCCCUUGAUUGUGCCAGGGGGUCGUAUGUUAGUCCUCCUGAUGUGUAUUCCUUCUUUCAGGCUUUGGCCGAGGGGGUUGAUUCCCCGCCUCGACCGAAAGGGGGUCCAAGUGAUCCGUCCGGGGGUUCGUCUGUUAGUCCCCCGGCGCCGGGUCGUCCCUUGAUUGUGCCAGGAGGUCGUAUGUUAGUCCUCCUGAUGUGUGUUCCUUCUUUCAGGCUUCGGCCGAGGGGGUUGCUUCCCCGCCUUGGCCGGAAGGGGGUCCAAGUGAUCCGUCCGGGGGUUCGUCUGUUAGUCCCCCGGCGUUGAACCGUCCCUUGACCUUGGGGGGUCCCAUCGUUUAUUUACGGCACGGGCUAGGCUUAGUCGGUUUCCGAAGACUCCCGUUUCACCCCUAAGUUUGGAGAUUUCGUCACCUCAGCCAUUCUUUCAGGUCUGUCGCUGUGCGUUGCGCGCCGGCGACGCGGUGAGCGUCCCACUCCAAAAACGUGGGCCUUUUGCAGGCCCCUCGUCUUUAGACACCAUCGGCCAUACCUGGGCAUUUGGCCUCGAAGGGACCGAUAAGAUGUCUGGGUUGUGUUGUAGUUUACUUAAAUUCAUAGAAAUAAGCGAAAUAUAAGGGGUGCGUUGUUUGACAACGACUUUGUUAAGAUACACGGCUCGAGGCCGAGGGUUAUAGGCCGAGGGGAUGAUAAUGUGCCUCGAGGUCGAGGGCUCAAGGUUGAGACCAAGGCCGACGACGAGGAACACGAUUAGCGGAGGUGGCGCUUCUUCAGUUGGGGCUCCUCGAACUCCUCGUCGUCGCUGAACCUCCCGAUUUCAUGUUUCUUCGUUGCGAUGUCCUCUUCUUUUUUAUCUGUGUUCUCCCCGGCGUUUUUCCUUGGGGCAUUUUUGAUGAAUUGGUGGAGCUCACCCCGUUGAAUUAAGAGUUCAAUAGCCUUCUUUAACGAGACAUAAUCAUCUGUAUUGUGGGAGGUGCUUUUGUGGUAACGGCAAUAUGUGCCGCCUUGGUGGAUGGUGUAGAUCUCCCUUCCCGGCCGAGGGUCCUUGGGGAAAAGGUCCUGCUCCUCCGCAUAGUUGAGGAUAGUGCUCACCGGGUGCGUGAGGGAAGCCCUCAGCAUGUCCAGCCGAGGGCGCCAUUGGCGGUCGUUCCAGCCCUGCUGGGUGUGGCUUCCAUGGUCUCGGCCCCCGGCCGAGGGGGCAUUUUUGGCCGGCGUGUUGUUUGUCUUCUUCGAGGGCUGGCCUUCAUUCUUCUUGAAGGAGUGGAGGUCGUCAGCGUCAGCGUAUAGGCUCCCUCGCUGGAGUGCUCUGAGGUAUGAUCUUGAGGGGUCGGUGAUGAGGCUCCGUGCGUAGGGGCUGCUGCGGAGAACCCCCUGGAAGAGGACGAGGAGGGUACGCUUGUCGGCACCCUCGACCUCGUCUGUCUCCUUCAUCCACCGGUCAAUGAAGGACCGAGGUGUUUCAUCAGGUUGUUGCUUGACGUAGAGGAGGUGGGAGAAGUGCUUUUUCGCGCGCUUCCUUCCGGCGAAAUGGGUGAGGAAGCGUUGGGCAAGAUCUUGCCAAGAGUCAAUGCUGCCCUCGGGCAAUCGGUUGAACCAUUCGUAUGUUGGUCCCUCCAAGGUGGAAGAAAACCAACGGCAUAAAUAUUCAUCUGAUGCCCCCAUCAUCAUCAUGCUGUUUUGAUACCUGUUGUAGUGCUCCUGGGGGUUAGUUUUUCCUUCAUAGGGCUUGAUGGGUUGCCCUCGGUACUUCCCUGGAAUUUGGGCUGCCAAUACCCUUGGUGUAAACGGCGUCCGAGUUCGGAGUUGGAUAACGGGUUCCCCGGAGCCUUCGACAAAUUUCCUUUGCAUCUCCUCCAUCUUUGCUAGCAUGGCGGUGUAUUUGGGGUCCUCUUGUGAGGCGGAAGCUGUAGUGUGCGUCUGGCGGGCCUCCAUUUCAUCAAGGAGGCGUUGGAGGGCUUCAAUCACUUCGUCUCUGGGAUCCCUCGGGAGGGCCUCCGCCCCCUGCGAGCGUACCCGAGCGGAGUGGGCCUGGUUGAUUUGGUGUCUGGCGUCAUUGGCAUGGAGUAGUCUCUUGCCUUUGUCCUGCGGGAGACGUCUUUCGUCUGCCCUUGAAACGGAUCCCCGCUCUCUUGGGGUCUUUGGAACGCCGUUCCACCGAGGCGGUCUUGGACCCCUCGGCGGUCUUGCGCCCCUCCGAGCCGUUCGAGGGCGGAGGUCCUGGGCCUUUCCUUGUUUAAGCCACGGCGGUCCCGGGAUUGGACUUCCUGGGAGGUGGUGUCUUGAGCCACGACCCCGUCGUCGUUCCCAACCCGAGGGGUAGGGUUCACAAAGGGGGGUGGAUGCAGGAGAGGUAUAGCGUUCUCCCCGACCUGUGGUUGAAGGGGCACCAGAGUGCCGAAGGCACCUGGAUUUUGGGUGAGUGUUUGGAUGAAGGCGGAGAAUGCUGACUGCACGUCGAUAGUGAGGACCGGAGGGCUCACUUGGUUUUCGCUCCGGUCCUUCUUUUUGGCCUCGAUGCCAAGGCGGGCAUCGGGGGCAUUUUGUUGGA